UCUUCCAAGAAAGGACAACUAGUUUCUGUACUCCAGCUCCAGCUUUCAUUUUUGUCAGAAGGAAAGAACAAACAAAACAAAAGAAAAAGACAGAGCCAAAUGUGUGGGUUUCAGUCACAGCACACGCUCCAUUCUUAGGUUGCUCUCCUUGCUGUGGGAAUGUCUCUGCCCUGCAUUUUGGUCCUGACUUAACCUUUCGUUGUGUUACUGGGUCUCAUCUCAUGACACUUCUCUCCACGGAGGCAAGUGGGUUUCCUUCGUUCUUCUUCUUUUUCGCUACAAUGUGUGCUUGUUUGGAGGUUUUCUUACAUGGAUUGGAGCAAGUUACUGACCCAUUUUCCAGUAUCACUGAAAUGCAAACAAAACAUGGUUGGCACUCUAUUGUGCCUCUUCGUUUCCGAGGAAAUUCAGCUACCCGCUUUUGCAUGUUUCCAAAAGUAAAGUCAGCAGGCUUCAGUCCUGGCAAUGCUCCUGUUUACCUAAAUGUGUAUGACUUGACAAAUGUUAACGGCUAUGUUUAUUGGGCCGGCCUUGGCAUCUUUCACACUGGGGUGGAAGUUCAUGGUGUAGAAUAUGCCUUUGGAGCUCAUGACUACCCAACAAGUGGUGUCUUUGAGGUUGAACCUCGGCAGUGCCCCGGCUUCAAGUUUAGGAAGUCGAUUUUCAUGGGGACAACAUGCUUGGAUCCUGUCCAGGUCAGAGAGUUCAUGGAGCGCCAAUCUGCAAGUUACCAUGGUGACACAUACCACUUGAUUUUUAAGAAUUGCAAUCAUUUCUGUGAGGAUAUAUGUUACAAGCUGACAGGGAACCAGAUACCAAAAUGGGUGAAUCGACUUGCAAGAAUAGGUUCAUUAUGCAACUGCAUACUUCCUGAGGCUCUUAAAGCUUCUGCUGUGCGCCAUGACGCCAACAUCCAAGGAGACAGUGAAAAAAAGAGACUGAGAAGUGCCUUCAGUUGCUUAUCAUCAAUCUCAAUGCCUCAGAGGGAAGUAUCAAUGUCUUCACUCUUUUUGCACUCUCACUAUAAAGGCUGUCUACCACCGUGGGAGUUAAAGAGAUCUAAAAGCACCUCAUUGAAGCAACAAUGAGAAGACUGUUACUUCGUCUCUUUUGCUACAGUAAAAAAGAAUGUCCAUUGUCCUCCUCAAAGUUUUGAAGCAUUGGAGUAUGCUCUCCACCUUUUGUCGUCCGAGUCACUUGAAGAGGCAAAAUAUGUACAAGUUUGUUCUUUUUGAAUGUUAAAAAUGGAGGGUUUUGCAUGUCUCUAUUCGAAUGCUUUUGCUAACCCGUGCCUGUGGAGUUGCUUGUUGUUAAUGUAACAUGUAGAUGUUGUGGAUAUGCAAGUUGUAUCAUAACGACAAAAGCACUGAAUUUGUUCCAUUGUUCCUUA